CGACAGAGACGGACAGAGAGACAGAGAGACAGAGAGAGAGGGAGAGAGACAGGUGUAUCAGACAGUAGCAGGUUACAGGACAGAUGGACGGAGUCAGUGAGGACGACCUCUGUUGGCUGCAGCUCGAUGAUUUCAGGAUGUUGCUCAUUAAAACCAUCGAACCUUCGAGAAUCACUCCCUAUCUCCGCCAGUGUCAGGUGAUCAGCGCUGAGGAUGAGGAGCAGCUCUUCCAUGACCCCACCCUCGUAAUCAGGAGGAGAAAAGUUGGAGCCCUGCUGGACAUCCUGCAGAGGACAGGGACCAAAGGUUACACAGCCUUCCUGGAGAGUCUGGAGCUGGACUAUCCUCAACUGUACAGCCGCAUCACUGGGAAAGAGCCCAACAAGACCUUUAGCAUCCUCAUCGACACAGCAGGAGAAUCUGGUCUGACUCAGUUCCUGAUGUCGGAGCUCAGUCGCUUGCAGAGGGCAUUGCAGGACGAGAGGAGACGCCGCCAACAAGCCUGCUCUGUCGCCAAGGAACAGGAGGCGUGGUCUCAGCAGCAGCAGCUGAGGGACCACGAGCUGAGGAAGAUGACUGAGCGCGUACAGAAGGUUCGGGAGGAACGGGAGCGGCUGAGCGAGGAGGUGAAGCAGCUCCGAGAUCACAACUACAAUCUGAUGGCCGACAUCAACACCCUGAACCAGGAUAAGAGCAAUGCUCUGCUGGCCAACAGAGACCUGCAGAUAGAGGUGGAACGUCUAAAAAACACAGUGCUGCGAGCUGAAGGUCAGACACGACUGCUGAGACGACGGACACUCAGACCACUGCAGGAGAGCAGGAGUCUGGCUCUGCCCACAGACCCCUUCUUCCACCCCAACAGACUGGAGGAGGUGAAAGAGGAGAAAGGGGAGGAGAAGAAAGAGGAGAAGAAAGAGGAGAAGAAAGAGGAGAAGAAAGAGGAGAAGAAGGAGGACAAGAAGGAGGACAAGAAGGAUGAGAGUCCAGCUCCUACUCAGAUGAACCUCCUCGCUACAGUGUUCAGACUGAGGAGAGAACUGCACAGAGCAGAGGAGCAGAGAGCCAGGAGUCUGGACAACAAGGAGGAGCUGGAGCUGCGUUGCACUCAGCUGAAGGGAGAUGCCAGGAUGUACCGUCAACGAAAUAAACAAACCCUCCGACAGCUGGAGGAGGUGAUCAGAGAGAGAGACAAGGCUUUGUCUUCACGGGCGGAGCAGCAGGAGGAGGCGCGGCUGCUCCUGCAGGAGAAGGAUCAGUACAGGGAGCAGGUCAGACAACUCACUGAGCAAUCUGAUAGGCUGGAGCUCCUCCUGUUGAGGUCACAGGGGGACGAGCUACAGCUAAGGACACGUCUCCGCAGACUCACCUGCAUCUCCCACCAGGGGGAGAGGAGUGUGAGCAGUGAGGAGGAGGAGCCAGGACACAACACUGUGAAAGGAAGCAGUGAUGAGGUGCGUAAUGGGACGUCGGGGGAGAACGAGGAGGCGGCUGCGCUGCAGCAGUUCCCCUCUCCUCUGGGAGGCGCCGGACUGUCUGAAAUGAAACCCAGCACAAGUGCAUCAUGGGAGAAGCAGACAGAGGACUGUCUCACCUCUAGGACUCGUCCUAACUUCUUUUACCGCAGGAAGCGAGCCCUCAGAUCAAAGUUCAUCGGUAAGGAGUACGCAGCCAGUAACCUUGACGACAGCAGUGGCAGUGACAUCACCCCUUCCGACUGAACACAUCUGAGAUCACAUGACAAGACGUCACCUUCACUCAGACACAGUUACUGGUUAUAAACAAUUUGAUCUUUUAUUGGUUCUGUAGCCUACCUGUUGUCUCAAGGUUUUAUUGAUUACCUGAUGAGUUCAUCAGUGUUUGUGAAACGUUCUGCAGGAAAAGAGUAAAAAUACUCUUAUUUAAACGUGUGUGAGCAGGAAAACAUAAAAGUAUUAAAAGUAAAAGUGAAAUAUUAUUAUUAUAUUAUUAAUAUAAGAGCAGCACUGUUGAUGGAACGGCAUCAUUUUAAUCAUUUUAUACAGGAUAUAACUGAAUGAACCAUAAAUCUGUAUAAUUAAAAAGACAAGAAGCACAUUUUCAUAUUUGAAGAAACCAGGAAAUAUUUGGUAUUUUACAUGAAAAUGAUUUUAA